AUGCUGGGCCAUGACGACCUCUAUCCCAAUGCAGAGCUUCCCAGCUUCUUCUGGAGGUCUGCUUCCCACCAGACCAUCCUCGCAGUCUCGACCCUGUCGCGCCUCUUUCUUUAUGGACUCAACAAAACGGAGGUCAAUGGUCUGCCACGAUUCCUCGACCUGCUAAGGUCGCGCUCCGACUACAAGACACGCAGCAAAGGUCUGUUGACCGUUUCGAACCAUAUCUCCGUUCUCGACGAUCCUCUCAUAUGGGGCGUUCUCCCACUUUCCUUUGGGGCAUUCCAUGGCUACAUGAACCAUAGAUGGACCUUCGGAAGUCACGACAUCUGCUUCCAGAACACGGCACUGUCACACUUCUUUACACUUGGCCAAGUUCUUCCCACCCAUCGAGGGGCGUAUUCACCACACGGUGGGCCUUUCCAAGCCACCAUGACCGAGGGCGUGAGACUCUUGUCCAAGAUCACUACGAGCCAGCCUUCUCUAUGCCCUCAGAACAAUCCUAGGCUGCUCAAGACAUCCCAUACACCGAGUUGGCCACGAGACUGUGUCGACCCCUUUUCCGACAUCGUGCCCAUCCCAUCCUACCAGUCACAACCAAACGAUGAACGAUGGUACCAUGCCCCCUCGCGCUACGCAUGCAAUGCGUACAGCUGGAUGCACAUUUUCCCAGAGGGCAUGAUACACCAAGCCAAAGACCAGACGAUGCGAUAUUUCAAGUGGGGCGUGGCCCGGCUGAUCCUUGAACCUCCUGAAUGUCCAGACGUGGUUCCCAUGUUCAUCGAGGGUACUGAUCAGGUCAUGCACGAAAGCCGCCAAUUUCCACGGUUUCUUCCACGCAUAGGAAAGAAGAUCACAGUCACCUUCGGCAAGGAACUAGAUGUGGAAGCUGUCUUUGGCGAUCUUCGCAAGCGGUGGCGUGAGCUCGCCGAUCGCGAUGCCCAAGAAAGAGGUCAUCCUGCUUGGGAUGAGAUGAUGCUAGGAAUCGUCCCUGAAAGCCUUGCCCAUCAUCCUGAAGCCGUCGAGUUGAGGAAGGAGUGCGCUAGGCGUAUCAGAGAAGCGGUGCUCGAAGUCCGCCGUUCACGCGGUCUGCCAGAUGAGGAUCCCAAGUCUGGGAUGGUUGAGACUUGGUUAAGGGAAGGGCCGAAGCGGGAAGGACUCAUGGAUGAUGGGACCUGGGUCAAAGACACGUAG